CAAGACACCUUAUUUUGACAACGCACUAGGCUAACCGUAUUUUUAAAUAUUAACUCGACUGACUCAUGAAAUCACUUGUCACAACCAUCUGGAGUCAAUAAAAAUCCAGCCCGAGCUACUCUGCCAACACCGACCAGCACGGCCGGACCUGAAACCCUCCCAGCAUUUCGAGCAAGAAAAGCUUCAGAGCUCAGACACAAGAGUUGAACACGGAUCGUUGAGAGCUCGCCGGCCAGCCAUGGCGACCAACGACAAGGCCGUCGAGUCGUACAAGAAGGUGGUCACCACGGCGGCGUCCCUGGCGGCGUCGGCGAUGCUGGUGCGCGCCGUCGUCAACGAGCUGGUGCCCUACGAGGUGCGGGACUUCCUCUUCUCCGGCCUGGGCUACCUGCGCUCGCGCAUGUCGUCGCAGCACACGGUCGUCAUCGAGGAGACCGAGGGCUGGGCCAGCAACCAGCUCUACGACGCCGUGCGGACGUACCUCGCCACGCGGAUCAACACCGACAUGCGGCGCCUCCGCGUCAGCCGCGUCGACGAGGGCAAGAGCAUGAUGUUCAGCAUGGAGGAGGGCGAGGAGAUGGCCGACGCCCACGAGGGCACCGAGUUCAAGUGGCGCCUCCUCUGCCGCGAUAACACCAGCGCCGGCAACAGCAACGGGAACGGCCGCGGCCGCGGCGGCAACGGCAACCACCGGCUCGAGGUCCGGUCCUUCGAGAUGACCUUCCACAAGAAGCACAAGGAGAAGGCCCUCAAGUCCUACCUCCCUCACAUCCUGGCCACGGCUAAGAAAAUCAAGGAGCAGGACAGGACGCUGAAGAUCUACAUGAACGAAGGCGAGUCAUGGUUCGCCAUCGAUCUCCACCACCCGUCGACCUUCACCACGCUUGCCAUGGAUCACAAGAUGAAGCAGUCGGUCAUGGAUGAUCUCGAGAGGUUUGUCAAGAGAAAGGAGUACUACAAGAGGAUCGGCAAGGCAUGGAAACGGGGGUACCUGCUGUAUGGCCCGCCUGGGACCGGCAAGUCCAGCCUGAUUGCAGCGAUGGCCAAUUACCUCAAGUUUGAUGUGUAUGAUCUCGAGCUGACUGAGGUCAGUUGGAACUCAAUGCUUCGGCGGCUGCUCAUCGGAAUGAGCAACCGGUCAAUUCUCGUCAUCGAGGACAUCGAUUGCACCGUCGACAUGCAACAACGGGAGGAAGGGCAGGAUGGUAUCAAAUCCAAUCCUUCAGAGGACAAGGUGACGCUAUCUGGGCUACUCAACUUCGUCGAUGGGCUUUGGUCAACAAGCGGGGAGGAGAGAAUUAUUGUCUUCACAACAAACUACAAGGAGCGGCUCGACCCGGCGCUUCUUCGCCCUGGCAGGAUGGACAUGCACAUCCACAUGGGGUACUGCUGCCCAGAGUCGUUUAGAAUCCUGGCCUCCAACUAUCACUCUAUCAGCAACCAUGUCACAUACGCCGAGAUAGAAGAGUUGAUCAAAGAGGUGAUGGUGACUCCGGCAGAGGUUGCAGAAGAGCUUAUGAGGAACGACGACACCGAUAUCGUACUUGAGGGCCUUGUCCAGUUCCUCAAGGGAAAGAAGGGUGAUGCCAAUGAUAGCAAACGUGAAAAUGUGGAACAUUUGGCCAAAGAGGACGAGAAAGAGAUGACGAUGAUGGAAAAAGAUGUCUCAGACAAUCAAAAUCUGAAUGAUGCAGGCACACAAUGAUCAUCAAAUAGUGUGCAUAUCAUGUAAUAGUACCAUAUAAAUAGUGCCAGAAAAAUCUUCCAAAAAUGUAUUGUUUUGAUAAUUAAUAGGAGAUCAGUUUUGGAACUAGAGUACUCUGGUAGUCUGGUAUUAUGACACUAUAUUUCCUUCAUAAAGGCAGAUACCACAUUGUAAAGCAAAUAUAAGCCCAGUUGUACUCGUAUGAGUAUAUGCAGCAAUUUCAAGGUACAUUUUAUAUAAAUAGUCUACAGUACCCAAAUAAUCAAUGUUGCGAAA